AUGCACAGAAACAUGGACCACGAGAGCCGAAGUUCGUAUAGUAAAAACCGGGACAUGGGUGGCUUUCACGGUGACAUGGAAGGCUCACGACACGGCAUGCCAGGCAGCAUGUACCCAGGCAUGUAUGGUAGCAUGCCCGCUGGCAUGCACGCUAGCAUGUCCGCUAGUAUGCCACCUGGCAUGUAUCCACCUAUGUAUGGGGGUAUGUCCGGAUUUGAUGCGCCGCGCAUGAUGGAAUAUCCAAUGGAUAUGGCUAGGCGUUAUAUGGACCGACAAGAGCGCCCGAUGGAGAUGCCUUACGGGCGGUAUAUGGACAUGUACCAGGGUCGUUACAUGAGCAGCCAGGAUCGCCUGAUGAACAUGAUGCACAAUCGUCACUUGUAUAUGCGGGCAAUGAAUCAAAGGCGCAUGGCAGAUACGAUGGAGGGUAACAUGGGACCCAGAGGAAGGAAUUUCUAUAACUAUGAGUAA